AUGUCGUCCCACACAUCAAGCCCGGCCUCACCCUCGUCGCCAAGGAAGAUUUCCAAAGCAAAGGCCAAAGACCCCGACUGGGCCGACGUGACCGACCCCGAACAGCGUCGACGGAUCCAAAACCGCAUCGCGCAGCGCAAAUUUCGCGAAAAGGCGAGGGAGAGCAGGGAAAAGGCCGAGCGCGACGCGCGGAACCUCGAGCACGCCGGCAAUAGCUACCGCAUCCCCGGCGGUGCGGCCGACGUCCUCGGCGACAGCGGCGCGCCGUCCGGCCUGCCCUGGGGCGGCGUCCACCUGGGCCACGUCGUCGCGCGCGGGCACGAGGCGGAGAGCAGGCGCGGCCGGCACACGCACGCGGGCGACGACAGCAGCAACCCGUCGAGCAACGGCUACUCCCUGACGGCGGCGUCGUACGGCGGCGGCGGCGGUCAGCCGGUGAUGCCGCAGGUCGUUGUCGGUUACGGUGCUGUCGGCGGUGGCGGCGGGGAGGAUCAGGUCAUGGACGACUCGCCGUACCUUUAUUGCAUAGGCUCGCCUCCCAUGCCGGCGUUUUUUACAGGAUGA